AUGACGGUGGGGUGCGCUGACCACACGAAGGGACUGUGGGACGACGAGGGCUACCUGGGCACCCUGAACGUCACUUGCCUUCAGGAUGGCUCUUGGGACACCACCAGAUUUCCCGAGUGUUACCAGGCCUGCAAGACAGUGGUGGGCGAGAAGUGUCGGUUUCCCUUCUCCUACGGCGGCCUGACCUACGACACCUGUUCAGAGCUCAAUGGCACCUCCUCUUGCGGGACAGUGUACUAUGCAGACGACACCUACAUAGGCGCGUGCGAUAUGAACGCCCAGUGCAGCAGCCAGUGCGGAGCCACCAUGCUCAAAUGCAACAUCGAACUGGAGGUGGACACGCGAACAGUGCAACCCCUGAGUCUCAAUGCCUCCUCCCCGCAAGUCACCGAAAUAAAAACCGGGCUCUUCGAACUGAAGGGUUGCGUGAACGAAUUCCAGGUGCUGAGUUGCUCUGACCCUUCUGCAGUCAUGACCCUUGGCCCAAGAGACUCCUUUGGGAACAGCGGCACUAUCGACUGUCGCAAAGUCGGGUUUUACACAAAUAAUGAUAGGUUAUCCGAUGGGAAAACAUACCAGGUUUUCUGCAUUCCUUCUACUACUACAAGUACGAUCAGCUCUACAUCUACUACAACUGUUACGACUACUUCUACUAUCACUACGACAGCAUCUACGACCACUACUGCUGUUCCUUCUACUACGACAACUGCUGUUCCUUCUACUACGACGACCACCGCUGCUCUCGGGUCUCAAACUACCACAGCUCUUGUUAAUACAACCACCGAGGUCUCUGCAAGUCUGGUCACUUCCAACACCAUGACUGACAGCACCACGCUGAUUCCUGACAACAGUUCUGACAAUGCGCUCGCCGCUGACAACAGUAAUACGACGGCCAACCCAUUUGACGUUGUGCACCCUUGA